UAAUAUUUUACACGUUUGCUCUCUAAAGCCAGUUGUUACUCUUCCAUGCCGUUUGUAUCGAUGGUGGAACUUGAGCAAGAAUCCUCCGGCGCCGACCCAACUGAGAACUCGACCGAUACUUCCCUUCCCUGCGAUGGUGAAUUCGAAGACCAAGAACCCGAAACGGCAUCUCACAAACGGCGUAGGAAGAAAACCAGGGGAGGUGGGGUUUUAUCCAAUUCCAAUGAACUUGUUGCUCAGGAUCCGUUAGCCGUUUUCGGUUCGGAUAUCAUGGCGGCUAUGCUGAGUCGUCUUGACGCACGCAGCGUGGCACUGUCUCUCCUUGUAUCUCGAAGAUGGUAUGCAGUUGCAGCCAGCGACCGCCUUUGGACGAGCAAGUGUGAGGAGUUAUUGCUUGGGAAAGCACACAUACCCCGGUCAUCCCAAAACUCGAGCUUUUCAAAGUUAGUAUCCUACUCAUUGUCUGUCAUGGAUGGUAAACGGACUCGCAUUAUGAAGGAAGAUCUUUGCGACCAUGUGUGGGAGUUGCAUUUUAAGGAGGAAGCCCCUGAAUAUUGGAGAAACCUGGACCCUUAUUGGAAGGGAACAGGAUCCCCAAUGAAGCGUUACUUCCAUCCAGAUGGAAGCUUAAGUGCUGAUCCAAGGGACCCGGUUUGGGGAGGUCACGAGUCUUGCUAUUCAAUUGUGACGAGUUUUGUGGGGGAAGGGAUAAUAAGGGAACACUAUGUGAGAAUUAACAGAUGGCCUAGAAUGAGGGUCUUAAGGAUGCUAGAUUGGAGCUGGGAAAUGUCCAACAAUAUUUACUGCUACAGAAGUGUCCCUGAUGCUGAGAAAGGUGGGACUGGUCCACCAUUUCCUGUGUAGUUUUCUAAGCUUUGAAGAUCGAAAAACAACCUCCUCUUCUCUUUCUCGCGAGUAAUAAUAAGUACUUGGUGAUAGUUGCCAUAACAUGUAAUUAGUUGUGUUGAUGUUGUAUGCACUUUUAAGGUUAUGUUACUGUCACUGUUAUACAUUGAGAACCAACAGUUUUGCUUCUGCCUUCUUUUUUGGAACCAUUUUAUUAUACUUGUUCUUCUUCUUC